AUGGCAUCUGCCUCUUCCUCCGUCGUGGCCGGAGACGAGAAGUCCACGACGGAGAAGUACCGCAUCCUUGCGCACGGGAGUACAUAUAUCGACGUCGUCUACACCAAUGAGGCGGCGAUCGUUGAUAGAAUUCUUCGUAUGUACGAGGGUUGGCUCGACGAGGACGAGGACAGGUUCAAGUGCAAGGAUCAUUGUCCGCGCCUACUGACUUUUCUCAAGGACAAGCAAUACACCUUUACAAGUGUUGAUAAAAGAAAUGACACAAAAGUUCUUCGUGCGGCCGGUCUUCCUGUUCCAGAAGAGAGACACAUCGACAUCCAGGACAUUUUCAAGAUUAAUGGUCAACCGCAGGCUGGAAUGGCUGAUCUUGCAGCAAAGCUCAUUGAUCCCAAGUUUGCCAACAUGAAGAAGGACUUCAAAUACAACCGGCUUCGGAAGGAAGGGCAUGGUUUCUGGGAAUGCAAGCCACCGUCCUGGAUGAACCUCGAGUACGCAGCUAUUGACGGCUAUCUCAGUUAUGAGAUAUACAACAAGAUCUACACGGUGAACGAGGGACAAGCUCACCUCCAGAGAUCAGACCACAUCUGCCCCAGAUGCAAAAAUCAGGAUGAAUCUUCAUCAAUGAACAAGCGUCAGAAGCAAGCCUGA